AUGGAAGCCUUUAUAAGCCUAGGUCGCGAAGAAGCCACCUCUCUGUCUCAAAGAUGGGUCCGUUCCCUGAUUAUCAAGGUCAUUGGGAAAUCCUUUUCAGUCGAGUUUCUGAAAUCCUCCAUCCAAAGAAUUUGGAAGCUACACCAACCUCUUCAACUAAUUGCCUUAGGGAAAAGCUUCUAUAAUGUGUCUGUGCCAACAGAAGAAACACGAGAAUCAAUUUUAUCCAAUGGGCCAUGGUUCAUUGCGGGACAUAUGCUCAUUGUACAACCAUGGAUACCUGGCUUCAAACCAUCACAAGCAGUUAUCUCGAAAGCCCCUGUUUGGGUUUCUCUCCCAGAACUUCCAAUCGAGUUCCACACCCUAUCAAUGUUGAAAAAAAUUGCAAACGAGAUUGGAAGUUUCAUCAAAACAGACAUGAAUGCAAUAGAGCAAAACAGAGUCAGAUUUGCAAGAAUCCAAGUACUCCUGGACCUUGCAAAACAUAGGAAGGAAAGUGUAUGGCUAGGAGCAUUCAAACAGAGUAUUCAGUAUGAAGAAAUCCCACAAUUCUGUGGGGUGUGUAAAACAAUCGGCCAUGGGACGGAGAGAUGCCCUAAGAGACGAUUGGAAAGAGAAGAACAAAAGAUGGAUGAGGAAGAAACCCAAAUCCCUACCGUUGAAAAAACGGCGCGACACGUGGAAGAAUCACAAGACACAACACCAAAUGAUGAGGCAGGAAACCCCUGGAUCCAUGUUUCAAGGAAGGGAACGGCAGAAAAGAAAAAAAAGAACCCAAAAGGUGGAGUGACAGAGGGAAGGAAGAAAGUUGGACGAACAAAAUCAGAGAAAGGAGAUAAGGGACAAAUACGAAAAGGACAAAACAAAAAGACAAGUGGAUCGACGAAGAACCACACGGUCUUGGUCCACAAAGUGGUUACAAGGCUUUCAGCCCAACUGGGAAAGAAAGAUAAUGCCAAAGCCCAAAUGAAGCAAUCAAAACCCCAGCCCAUCUGCAGUGAAAACCUAACUAUUCUUAACCCUUUGGGUUCUGAUGUGAACACGGAGAGUCACACCCCUCAUUUAAUUCUACCUUCACCCAAACCAAUCAAAUCACCUCAAUCCGUUCCAUUCUUCACCGUCCAUUCUUCACUGCCCACUCAGCCAAUCCCAACCACCCAUAAUCAACCCUUCACAUUCUCAUCCACAGUAAAACCUAAAACUACCUCAGAUCAAAACACCAUACCAUUUCCCUCCUCUUCUCUCUCAUCUCCCUCCUCUCCAAAUUCAAAAGUCACAUUAUCAGAAACACCCCCAACUUCAAAAAAUGUCGAACUCCCUGGACGAACAAAUGGUCGAUCUUGGAAGCGAGUCGGAGGAAACGGACCUUACAAAGCCACCGCCGUACAUCCAGAAGUACAUCUACAGUCCCUACACCCCAAACCCCAAGUUCACUCUUCCCUUCCAACCUCUCCCACUCGAAUUCCCCUUCCCAAUCAUCGAACCCACCGCAUAUCACUCUCUUAA